CGGAAGGAACCUGAGGGGUGGAGGCGCGAGGCCCCGCCGGCGCCGGGUCCCGUAGGAUGGCGCUCCGCGCUCUGCUGAGGGCCGCGGCCUCCCUGCGCGGCUCCGCUCUCGGAGCGCUGCCCCCAGCUGGGAAGCAGCCAGCGGCCCCGGGCUUGCAGCAGGCCGCCGGCAUGGCCACCCUGAACCAGCUGCACCGGAAAGGCCGGCCCGCGCCGCCCCCCGUCAAGCUGGGGCCCACCUUCGGGCGGCCGCAGCUGAAGGGGGUGGUGAUCAAAACCCUCAUCCGCAAGCCCAAGAAGCCCAACUCGGCCAACCGCAAGUGCGCGCGGGUGCGGCUGAGCAACGGCAAGGAGGUGGUGUGCUUCAUCCCCGGCGAGGGCCACAACCUGCAGGAACACAACGUCGUGCUGGUGCAGGGCGGCCGCACGCAGGACCUGCCGGGGGUCAAGCUGACCAUCGUGAGGGGCAAGUACGACUGCGCCCACGUCCAGAAGAAGAAGUAAACGGCGGCGAGAGACAGCGGAGGGGGAAGAACGGGGUCGGUUUUUUUUUUAAUGCCAUUAAAGCCCAGCCCGGAGCGACCCGGA